CCAACACUCCUGAAGACCUCAAACCGGCAAACCCUUAACAUUUAACCGAAAGCCCAAGCACAAAUUCGAGAAGGGAGAAGAAAAUGGCAGUAGCGAGAGGGACAAGUCUGAACCACAUCUCCAGAGAAUCCUCAGACAUUAGACGCCUCGCGAACUUCUACAAGGAGAUUUUUGGAUUUGAGGAGAUAGAAAGUCCAGACUUUGGUGAGUUCAAGGUGAUAUGGUUGAAUCUGCCGCAUGCUUUCGCUUUCCAUCUCAUCGAGAGAAACCCCAACUACAAGCUUCCAGAAGGUCCUUACAGCGCGACCUCUCCAAUUUCUGACCCCAGCCAUAUCCCCCGAGGCCACCAUAUCUGCUUCUCCGUCAGCAACUUUGACUCCUUUGUGCAAUCUCUCAAGGAAAAGGGAAUAGAGACUUUUCAGAGGUCCCUACCUAAUGGAAAAGUGAGACAAGUCUUCUUCUUUGAUCCAGAUGGUAAUGGUUUGGAGGUAGCAAGUAAGGAGGAUCCAAAGCAGUGAGUAGGGCUGUCCACAUUUGUGCAUGAAUUCGUAUGUAUCAUAUGCAGACUGUAAGAAGCUAUCAGAAAACAAUAAGUUGCCGUAGAUCGAACAAUUAUGCAGCUAUAUUAAAUAUUAAACUUAUUUACUCUGUACUUAUUGAUGAACAAAAAUUUUAAGUUCCCUGUCUGAAUCCUCUCUGUUUACAGUGCUUAGUUUGUAUAAAUUUGCACUUGGGAUGAUGAGACUUUAAAGGUUCUGCAGAUUUCGGCUUCA